UGCGAGGGGUUUUAGCUCUCCGGUGCUGUCUGGCCGGCUCCUGCUGGCACUGCCCUUCUCUCAAUGCUGGGGGCAGGCGUGGUUCCCCCCCAGGCCUGCCUGCACCCCUGUCUCCACCCCCUGCCCCAUGGAGGGGGGGUGGGAUGGAGGAUGCUGUGUCUCCCCUGCCCCCCCAGCCCCUGCCUGCCUCUCCAGGAGGGUUAAACUCAGCACUUUAUAUUCGACAAGUCAAACGGCACCAGCGAAGCUCACUGCCCAGCGAGCACCCAUGGGUGCUACCCGAGGAGCACAGCCCCCAUGCUGGGCACCCUUGGGGGGGGGCUGGGGGUUCCAGAGGCAGCAACUAAGGGGGGCUGGGGAGGGCUGGGGGACCAGAUCCAAGUGCCUUCAUGUGAUUAAAAGCUGUCAAACCAUCUUGGAAAGGGGUGUCCUGUGUGUGUCUGCAUGGGCAGAGGGGCAGAGACCCCCCCCAGGACCCCUAAAUAACCCUAGGAAGGAGGAAUGCUGGGGGAGCACCCUCAGGCUGCAGGGCUGGGGAGGGGGGGGUCACCGCUUGCCCAGUGCUAAGGGUAAAGCUCCCCACCCUGGCUGCCCUGGUACCCCAAUGCCAACCCCUUUCCCUCCUCCUGAAAAAAGGACCCUGGUGCCACGGGGAUGGUUGUCCUGCUCCUUAACAAGGGGAGGGGCUGAAUUUACCGUGUGAGCUGUGCCCCCCAGCUUUUGGGGCUUACACUGUCCCCCCAUCCCUGCAACAAGUGCUCCCUUCCUCAGGGAGCAUCAGGCAUCAGAUGUCCCCUGCAGAGACUGGGGAUCACUGUGGGGGGGUGACUUAUGACACCUCCUCUCCCCCCAGGCAGCCUGCUGCCAGCAUGGAGGCAGUGGGGGUCUCUUAGGUCCCGUCCCCCCCCGUGCCCUCAUUGGACUUGUGCCUCCCCUCAUUAACGAAGUCUCUGUCCUCCCUGAUGGUUGCACUAAUUACUGAGUUCAUUAGUGGCCCAGCGUGUCCAGCUGGGGGGCCCAAGGAAGGGGAGAGCCCUCUGGGGCUGGCGUGGGGUCCCCCCGACCCUUGUGCCACACUGGCCAUCUCAACCCUGGGACUCGGCCACCGAGCAGAGAGCAGCGACCUGGGUGUCACACCCCACCCAAAACUCGGCCACACACUCCCACCGGGGACUCUUCACCCAGGUCCCCUUGCCUGCAGCACCCGUCACCAUGGUGGAGCUCAGCACCAAAGUCACCAGGACGCUCAACAAGACCACGCCAGGCCUCCAGAUAUGGCGAAUCGAGAACAUGGAGAUGGUGCCAGUGCCCACCAACAGCUACGGCAACUUCUACGAGGGCGAUUGCUACGUUCUGCUGUCGACACGCAAGUCGGGGAGCAGCUUCAGCUACAACAUCCACUACUGGCUGGGCAAGGAGUCGAGCCAGGAUGAGCAGGGGGCGGCUGCCAUCUACACCACCCAGAUGGAUGAACACCUGGGCACGGUGGCUGUGCAGUACCGUGAGGUCCAGGGCCACGAGAGCGAGACCUUCCGUGCCUACUUCAAGCAGGGACUCAUCUAUAAGAAGGGUGGUGUGGCCUCGGGCUUGAAGCAUGCGGAGACCAACACCUACAACAUUCAGCGCCUGCUGCACGUGAAGGGCAAGAAGAACGUGGUGGCGGGAGAGGUGGACAUGAGCUGGAAUAGCUUCAACCGAGGCGAUGUCUUCCUGCUGGACCUGGGACAGCUCAUCAUCCAGUGGAACGGCCCCGAGAGCAACCGAAAUGAGAGGCUGAAGGCGAUGACCCUGGCCAAGGAUAUCCGGGACCGGGAGCGUGGGGGCCGUGCCAAGGUGGGCGUAGUGGAUGGGGAGAACGAGGCUGCCUCGCCGGGGCUCAUGAAGGUCCUCAUGCAUGUGCUGGGCGAGAAGAGGAACAUCAAGUCAGCCAUCCCUGAUGACAAAGUGGAUCAAAAGCUCAGCUCCUCCCUCAAGCUCUACCACGUCUCCAAUGAGAGCGGGAACCUGGUCAUACAGGAGGUGGCGAUUCGACCCCUGACUCAGGACAUGCUCCUGCAUGAGGACUGCUAUAUCCUUGAUCAAGGAGGUAUCAAGAUCUUCGUGUGGAAGGGCAAGAACGCCAACAAGGAGGAGAAGCAGCAGGCGAUGAGCAGGGCGCUGGGCUUCAUCAAAGCCAAGAACUACCCAGCCACUACCACUGUGGAGACGGAGAAUGAUGGGUCCGAGUCAGCCAUCUUCAGGCAGCUCUUCCAAAAAUGGACUGUCCCCAACCAGACCAGUGGGUUGGGCAAGACCCACACUGUGGGCAAAGUGGCCAAGGUGGAGCAGGUGAAGUUUGAUGCUACCACGCUGCACGCCAAGCCCCAGGUGGCUGCCCAGAAGAAGAUGGUGGAUGAUGGAUCUGGGGAGGUUGAGGUGUGGCGUGUGGAGAACAAUGAGCUGGUGCCUGUGGAGAAGAAGUGGCUGGGCCAUUUCUUCGGUGGUGAUUGCUACCUGAUACUCUACACUUAUUAUGUGGGGCCCAAGGUGAACCGCAUCAUCUACCUCUGGCAGGGCCGCCAAGCCAGCACGGACGAGCUGGCCGCCUCCGCCUACCAAGCAGUCAUCCUGGACCAGAAGUACAACAACGAGCCCGUGCAGGUCCGCGUCACCAUGGGCAAGGAGCCAGCCCACCUGAUGGCCAUCUUCAAGGGCAAGAUGGUGGUGUACACGGGUGGCACCUCGCGGGCGGGCAACACGGAGCCCGCACCCUCCACCCGCCUCUUCCAAGUGCACGGUACCGAUGAGUACAACACCAAGGCCUUCGAGGUGCCUGUCCGUGCCUCCUCCCUCAACUCCAACGACGUCUUCGUUUUCAAGACCCCCAGCUGCUGCUACCUCUGGUAUGGGAAGGGCUGCAGCGGGGACGAGCGUGAAAUGGGCAAGACUGUGGCUGACAUCAUCUCCAAGACGGAGAAGCCAGUGAUCGCAGAGGGACAGGAGCCAGCUGAGUUCUGGGCGGCCCUGGGGGGCAAGUCCCAGUAUGCCAACAGCAAGAGGCUCCAAGAGGAGAACCAAUCUGUGUCCCCCCGUCUUUUUGAGUGCUCCAACAAGACAGGCACCUUCUUGGCCACAGAGAUAGUAGACUUCACCCAGGAUGAUCUGGAGGAGGAUGAGGUUUACCUGCUGGACAUUUGGGACCAGGUUUUCUUCUGGAUCGGGAGAGGUGCCAACCAGGCGGAGAAGGAGGCGGCAGCGGUGAUGGCGCAGGAGUACCUGCGGACCCACCCCAGCGGGCGUGACAUCAACACCCCCAUCAUCGUGGUGAAACAGGGCUACGAGCCCCCAACCUUCACCGGCUGGUUCCUGGCUUGGGACCCUUUCAGAUGGGAUGACAAGAAAUCCUACGAGGAGCUGAAAGCUGAGCUGGGGGACGAGAGCAGCCUCGGGCAGCUUACCUCAAUGCUCACGUCCAAGCAAGAGGUCUUCACCUCCACCACCUCCCUCCUCCCCGAGAAACUGGAGACCUUCCCCCUGGACGUGCUGGUGAACACCGCGGCUGAGGACCUGCCACGGGGCGUGGAUCCCAGCAGGAAGGAGUGCCACCUCUCCGACAAGGACUUCCAGGAUACCUUCGGCAUGGAUCGCUUUGCCUUUGCCAAACUGCCCCUGUGGAAACAACAGAAACUCAAGAAGGACAAAGGACUCUUCUAGGGCAAGAGCCUGUGCCCGGGGACAGCCCCACCUUCUUAUUUUUAUUAAAUAA